AUGAAGCUGUAUUGCCUGUCCGGACACCCAACGCUACCAUGCAACGUCCUCAAAUUCAAAUCGACCACCAUUAUGCUCGACUGUGGGCUGGAUAUGACCUCGACGCUCAACUUUCUGCCCCUGCCUUUGGUCCAGAGUCCAAGGCUAUCUAAGCUCCCUGGUUGGAUCUUAAAAGAUGGGAGCACUUUUCUAGACAAGGAGCUGAAAGACUGUGCUGGCCGGGCGUUUGUGGAUUCUGUUCCAGAGUUCUGCUUGCCGGAGAUGGAGCUGAUUGACCUGUCGACGGUGGACGUCAUCCUGAUCUCAAACUACCACUGCAUGAUGGCCUUGCCCUACAUUACGGAGCACACCGGGUUCACCGGAACCGUCUACGCCACCGAGCCGACGGUUCAGAUUGGCAGGCUUCUGAUGGAGGAGCUGGUCAACUUCAUUGAGCGGGUGCCCAAGGCUCAGUCUGCCUCCAUGUGGAAGAAUAAGGAAGUGCAAAGGCUGCUUCCCACCCCUCUCAAAGACGCGGUCGAAGUCGCCAUGUGGAGAAGGUGCUACAAUAUGCAGGAAGUGAACUCAGCGCUCAGUAAGAUCCAGCUGGUGGGGUAUUCCCAGAAAAUAGAGCUUUUUGGUGCAGUCCAGGUCUCCCCUCUCAGUUCCGGUUAUGCCCUAGGCAGCUCCAACUGGAUCAUCCAGUCGCAUUACGAGAAGGUUUCCUACGUCUCGGGAUCCUCGCUCCUCACGACGCACCCGCAGCCCAUGGACCAAGCUUCCCUGAAAAACAGCGAUGUCCUCAUCCUGACCGGCCUCACCCAAAUUCCCACCGCAAAUCCCGACGGCAUGGUGGGAGAAUUCUGCAGUAACCUUGCUUUGACCGUCCGGAACGGGGGGAACGUCCUGGUCCCCUGCUACCCGUCUGGCGUGAUCUACGACCUUCUUGAAUGCCUGUACCAGUACAUUGACUCUGCCGGCCUCUCCAACGUCCCCUUCUACUUCAUCUCGCCAGUGGCAAACAGCUCCCUCGAGUUCUCCCAGAUCUUUGCCGAGUGGCUGUGUCACAAUAAGCAGACGAAGGUGUACCUGCCAGAGCCACCCUUCCCUCAUGCGGAGCUCAUUCAGACCAACAAGCUCAAACAUUACCCCAGCAUCCACGGAGACUUCAGCAAUGACUUCAAGCAGCCCUGCGUGGUCUUCACGGGACACCCCUCGCUCCGGUUUGGGGACGUGGUCCAUUUCAUGGAGCUGUGGGGGAAGUCCAGCCUUAACACCAUUAUAUUUACAGAGCCCGACUUCUCCUAUCUCGAUGCCCUGGCCCCAUACCAGCCGCUGGCUAUGAAAUGCGUUUACUGCCCCAUCGACACCAGGCUCAACUUCAUCCAGGUCUCCAAAUUACUCAAAGAAGUCCAGCCUCUCCACGUUGUUUGUCCGGAGCAGUACACCCAGCCCCCUCCCACCCAGGCCCACCGCACGGACUUGAUGGUCGACUGUCUGCCCCCAGCCAUGUCCUACCGCAGAGCCGAGGUGCUGACCCUCCCGUUCAAACGCCGCUACGAGAAGAUUGAAAUCACACCAGAGCUUGCAGAUUCGCUGGUGCCCACCGAGAUGAAGCCGGGGGUCUCCUUGGCGACCGUUACGGCUGUUUUGCACACAAAAGACAACAAACAUGUGCUUCAGCUCCCCCCCAAGCCUCCUCAGCCCCAAGGGGGCAAGAAGAGGAAGCGGGUGGCAGACGAAGUUCCGGAGCUGAAACCCGUCAAGCCUUUGCUGAGCGGCUCCAUCCCCAUGGACCAGCUGGUGCAGACCCUGGAGAAGCACGGCUUCAGCGACGUGAAGGUGGAGGACACCCCGAAAGGCCACAUCGUGCUCUUCCAGGACGUGGAGACCCUCAUCCGCAUCGAGGAGGACUCCACGCACAUCAUGUGCGAAAGCGACGAGGCGCUCCGGGUGAAGCUGCAGGACCUGGUCCUCAAAUUCCUGCAGAAGUUCUGAGGCCUCGGCCUGCCUUAGAGUCCGGCCGUCCCGGUCCCCCCAGCAGGGUCAGAAAAAGGAAGGGGCUGCUGACCCGAGGGGAGAGGAGAGAGGCUCGUUUCACAAUGGCAAUAAAUUGCACGGUUCUCCAGAGUGUGGCUGCCGGGGCUGCCGUGCCAUUUUGAAAGCCAGGAAUAAUUAAACAGGCACAAUUUUCGCACUAUCGUGACACAACGAUGGAGGCAGCUGUCCCACCCCAAAUGCGGACAUCACUGGGGCAUUUUGUAGAAUUCCAGCAGGCUGCUUAGCAGACCUCCAUGGCCCCCGGUAGAAGUUUGGGGGGGGCAGGGGAGGAGACACAACUUUUUGUAAACAAAUAAACAAACAGGAUGUGCUCAUAAACUGCGUUUCCUGUUCCAUUCUCCGGAACAUUUAACAGAACUCUUUUGGACUACAGCUCCCAUCAGCCCCAGCCAGCAAGGGGGAGUUGUAUACCAAAAUACCUGGCAGGUACCAGCUUGGCAAAAGUUGAAUUAAAGCAUUUUCUCUCCCACGCCACCCCCCCUAUUUUGGAAGGGAGCAGCCCCUAUUAUUUUUAAAUGAAGUAUUUUGCUUUAAGAUUGUUUGUGACGAUGCGUUUUCUCUGCCUGUCAGUUCUCCUUUGUGUUUUAAUACUGAUUGUUUACUCAAAGCAAUGCUUUUUUUUUCUAAAAUAAAACCGAGAGACCCGGUCA